AUGGGAUCCCAGGCUCAAAAACUCCUCUCUGAGGCCUGUAGGGUUGCUGUUAAUUAUCUAGCAUCUUAUGAGCUGAAUGUCAGUGAUGCUUAUUUAACUAUGUCCUAUUACUACGAUGAAGAGACGGAAGCACCUCUUUAUCUCCCCUUCUUUGAAGACCAAAUUGAGGUGAAGAAAGAACAUGCAAAGCAGUUCAUAACCUAUCUAAGAGAGCAUCGGAGUAAAAUCUGCCUUCCGGUGAUUAAGAGGCCUGACAUUGAUAACUGGGGAACUGGCAUUCAAGCUAUAGAGUCUGCUCUGCAGUUGGAAAACACAUUAAACAAGCUCCUACAAGACCUGAUGAACUUGGCUUCUCAAAAUAGUGAAACUGAUCUCCUAAACUUCCUGAAAAAGUUCCUGGCUAAACAGAAAAGGAACAUAAACUAUCUGGAAUACCAACGUAGCUAUCAGAAGGAAUUAGACAGGCUGACUGAGAAGGAGGUCACACCUGAAAAACCUGGUGAAGCAUCAGGUAAAGAGGCUUAACAUCUGAAGGCGACAGUGAAUGUUCCACUGUAAUAGGUUUCAAAGGCAGCUACUUAAGAAUCUUGAUCUCUAUUUGACAGAAGACUGCUUUCCUUUUUAUCUAGUAUCACAUCUUCAUUGUUACACAUGGAAAUAAAUUGGUUUUGCAUUAUAAUUAUGUGUUAAA